AUUAAAAAUACAUACAAGGAAGCAAUGUAGAUAAAAAAGGUUGUUUUUUUUUUGGUCAACAAACACAAAGAAGAGAGAAAAAUAACAAUCGAAUUAGAGUAAGCGAGUAACUGGUAGCCACAGAUCAGUUCCCUCUUCGAUUUUUUUUUGACCAGAUCUGAUUGUUUCCGCUCCCAGAAUUUCUGAUUGCGAAGAGAGAAUUCCCCUUCACCGAUUUCGUAUUAGGUCGUCGGAGAUUUUUUAAUCUGACAUGUCAGACGCUCUUUCAGCGAUUCCGGCCGCCGUUCAUCGUAAUCUCUCCGAUAAACUCUACGAGAAGCGCAAAAAUGCCGCCCUUGAUCUUGAGAACGCUGUGAAGGCUUUAAUAACUUCGGGUGACCAUGACAAGAUCUCCAAAGUCAUCGACGUCUUGAUUAAGGACUUUGCUAAAUCCCCUCAAGCCAAUCAUCGAAAGGGUGGACUUAUUGGCUUAGCUGCUGUAACCGUUGGUUUGGCUUCAGAAGCUGCUCAAUAUCUUGAGCAAAUAGUGCCACCUGUGAUUCACGCCUUUUUUGAUCAAGAUAGCCGAGUUCGCUACUAUGCAUGUGAAGCUCUCUACAACAUUGCAAAGGUUGUGAGAGGGGAGUUCAUUUUUUUCUUCAAUGAUAUUUUUGAUGCUCUAUGCAAACUCUCAGCUGAUUCUGAUGCCAAUGUCCAAAGUGCUGCUCAUCUUUUAGAUCGCCUUGUUAAGGAUAUUGUGACGGAGAGUGAUCAGUUCAGUAUUGAGGAAUUCAUACCUCUGUUAAAAGAACGGAUGAACGUGUUAAACCCUUAUGUUCGACAGUUUCUGGUAGGAUGGAUCACUGUUCUUGACAGCGUUCCUGACAUCGAUAUGCUCGGCUUCCUGCCAGACUUUCUUGAUGGGUUAUUCAAUAUGUUGAGCGACUCUAGUCAUGAAAUAAGACAGCAGGCGGAUUCGGCUCUUUCAGAGUUUCUUCAAGAGAUAAAGAAUUCACCAUCUGUAGAUUAUGGUCGCAUGGCUGAAAUACUAGUGCAGAGGGCUUCUUCUCCUGAUGAAUUCACUCGGUUAACAGCCAUCACGUGGAUAAACGAGUUUGUAAAACUUGGGGGUGACCAGCUUGUGCGUUACUAUGCUGAUAUUCUUGGAGCUAUCUUACCUUGCAUAUCUGACAAAGAAGAAAAAAUCAGGGUGGUUGCUCGUGAAACCAAUGAAGAACUUCGUUCAAUUCAUGUAGAACCCUCAGAUGGUUUUGAUGUUGGUGCAAUUCUCUCUGUAGCAAGGAGGCAGCUAUCAAGCGAUAAUGAGGCUACUCGAAUUGAAGCAUUGAAUUGGAUAUCAACACUUUUAAACAAGCAUCGUACUGAGGUUUUGUGCUUCCUGAAUGACAUAUUUGACACACUACUAAAAGCACUGUCUGAUUCUUCUGAUGACGUGGUGCUCUUGGUUCUGGAGGUUCAUGCUGGUGUAGCAAAAGAUCCACAGUACUUUCGCCAGCUCAUUGUCUUUCUAGUCCACAAUUUUCGAGCUGAUAAUUCUCUAUUGGAAAGGCGUGGUGCUCUUAUUGUCCGGAGACUGUGUGUACUUUUGGAUGCUGAAAGAGUUUAUCGAGAGCUCUCAACUAUACUUGAGGGAGAAGAUAAUCUUGACUUUGCUUCAACCAUGGUUCAGGCAUUGAAUUUGAUUUUGAUUACAUCCCCGGAGUUAUCGAAACUAAGAGAUCUUUUAAAAGGUUCACUAGUCAAUCGCGAAGGGAAAGAACUUUUUGUUGCCUUGUACGCAUCAUGGUGCCACUCACCUAUGGCAAUUAUAAGUCUCUGCUUAUUAGCUCAGGCUUACCAGCACGCGAGUGUCGUGAUUCAAUCAUUGGUAGAAGAAGACAUAAACGUCAAAUUUCUUGUGCAGCUCGAUAAAUUGAUCCGGCUUCUCGAAACUCCAAUCUUUACUUACCUUAGAUUGCAGCUUCUGGAACCAGGAAGAUUCACAUGGUUGCUGAAAACACUUUACGGUCUUCUAAUGUUACUUCCACAGCAAAGUGCGGCGUUUAAGAUACUACGGACAAGGCUCAAAACUGUGCCAACAUACUCAUUCAGUGGUGGAGGCCAAAUAAGCAGAGCAUCUUCAGGAGUUCCUUUCUCUCAGUAUAUGCAUCACCGCGAGGACGGUGACGCUGAAGACAAUAACAUCAACAAUUCUCACCAAGGAAUCAAUUUUGCUGCACGGCUGCAACAGUUUGAGAACGUACAGAAUCAGCAUCGUGGGCAGGCAAGGAAUAAAGUGAACUACUCAUAUAACACUUCAUCUACUUCUGCAUCGAAGGAGGUGAGGAGAUCUGAAGAACAGCAACAACAACAACAUAAACCGCCAGCUUCUUCGGCAUCAUCAUCAGUUGCGGACAUCAAUCGACCUCCAUCAAGAUCCUCAAGGAAAGGACCUGGUCAAUUACAGCUUUAAUCUUCAUGGUAUGGUAAUAUCCAUCCCGGCAUCAUCAUCAUCAGUAUUGUUCGUUUGGACACCACCGAUCCCUUUUGUCUCCUGUAAAGUUGUAUAUCUUUUUAUAGUAACUCUUCAAGUUUUGUCGGAACUUGUGGGAAAGCUACGGUCAUGUUCUCUUUAUCAUCUCUCUGUCUGUUUUUUAUUUAUUUUUUUACUAGAGAUUCUUUAGUUUUACCAAUUUUUCUUGAAUUUGCUUCAUUGUUGUUCUUUCUUUUCUAAGGGAGAUUAUUUGUGGAUGUAAGAAAAAGAAGUCAUCAUGUGGUUUUAUGUUGUU